UACAGUAGGUGUUGUGUGGUUUAUCUGACCCAUCUGAGCCGCGCUGGACAAGAUGCCCACUCUUCUUUGUAGUUAGAGCGUUUUAUUUACUUUUUUUUAACCACCGCGAGCUAUGACAUCCAGCGUUGUUUGCCUGGGCGUUCUCGAGACCGGUUGGAUGAAGAAACUAACGCUGCAGGCAGGGCGACAUGAAGAGUUGCUGACGGCUCUCUCAUCUCCGGCAACUAUCAACGGCAACACGUUGGAGUCAUGGGUUCUCGGCUUAUGCAACAAAUUUAACAACAUGCACAAGAAGGCGGAGAGCUUCCCACCGGAAAUGUCUGAGAAGCGGGUACAGAGCCUGGCCAGAACACCACAGCAACCUCCAUCACCCAUUCCAAACAAGUUGUGCCACCUCUUUGUGAGUCUUUUAUAAAUUUUAUCUGACACUGGCAUACCCAAAGAUGGCUUGUCCUUUUCACAGAA